CAAGGACAGGCCGCCCCCAGGCCGGGGGAGAAGUGUCAGUGUGGCUCGCUCCCCUUGGGGUCUUGAGGCUGAGUCGCCUCUGCCCCUGGGGACCCCAGUCCCUCCAGAGAUGGGGUGGGUGAGCGGGAACCUGUGGCUGUGCAGGGACCACCCUCCUGCCCAGUUUCCCACUCCUGUCCCCAGAGGAAGCGCCAGUCAAGGACAGCACGGGGCAGCCCCCUCACCGCGGGGCCGAGAUAGCAGCCGCGAGAACACAGGGGCCUUUGAGGCACGCACGCCCACACCCACACACUGGCCCUCGCGCCGCCAGGCGUUGUCCCCCAAGGUCGUGGUCGCAGAGGAGGUCCCGGCUCAUAUAAGCCCAGCAGCCCAGCACUCGGCACCACCAUGCACCACCCAUCCUCUCUUGCCCUGCUGCUCAUGGCCAUGGGGGCCGCACUGGUGGCUGCAGAGCCCGGAGGGGAGGUUCCCAGCACCCCAGCCCUUGCCCAGGAGCCAGCUGGCAGCGCCAUGCACAGGGGGGACCUCAGCCUUGGGGGAGACAGGGACUGGCUGCCAGGCAGCCCCCAGGACCCCCUGUGCCUGGUGUCGCUGGGCAGCGGCCGUGGCUCUCUGCAGGUGACAGGUGCCCUCAGCGGCUACGAGUGGGCCUUCCUGGGGGCUGUGGGGAGCGCCCACUGGGGACCCCGUGACCUGGCCACCUUUGGGGUUUGCCACCCCAGCGACAGGCAGGUGGCACUGGACCCCCUGCAGCGGCUGGGAGCCUGGCUGCGGGAGCCCGGGGGGCAGCGCCUGGUGGUCCUGCACCUGGAGGAAGUGGUGUGGGAGCCGACCCCCGCGCUGAGGUUCCAGGAGCCGCCACCCGGAGCAGCCGGGCACCCCGAGCUGGCACUGCUGGUGCUGUACCCCGGGCCAGGCCCUGAGGUCACUGUCACAGGAGCCGGGCUGCCCAGUGCCCAGAGCCUCUGCCCCUCCGGGGACACCCGCUACCUGGCGCUGGCUGUGGACCACCCGGUGGGGGCCUGGCACAGCCCUGGGCUCGCCCUGAGCCUGCGGCCCCGCGGAGACGGGCCCCCCCUGAGCACGGCCCAGCUGCAGGCGCUGCUGUUCGGCUCUGACCCCCGCUGCUUUACACGGAUGACCCCCGCCCUGCUCCUGCUGCCGCCAACCGGCCAAGCACCGCUGCCCGCGCACGGCCGUCUCGAUACGGCGCCCAUCCCACAGUCCAGGCCGUCCCCAGAGCCCAAGGAGCCGCCAGGCAGCACCGACCCCUUUCUAGAGACGCUCACACGCCUGGUGCGCUUACUCCGGGGCCCCCCGGGCCCGACCUCGCUGCCGCGCCUCGCCCUGGACGCGGACGCCCUGGCCGGCUCCCCGCAGGGCCUCGUCAACCUGUCGGACCCCGUGGCCCUGGAGCGCCUGCUCGACGGCGAGGAGCCGCUGCUGCUGCUGCUGCCGCCCGCCACCCCCGAGGAGCCCGCGUCGCUGCCGGAGCCCGCUGGGCCGCCGUGGGCCGCGGGCCUGGCGCGCCGCGUGGCCGCCGAGCUGCAGGCGGCGGCCGCCGAGCUGCGCGGCCUCCCGGGCCUGCCGCCCGCCGCCGCGCCGCUGCUGGCGCGCCUGCUCGCGCUGUCCUCGGACCCCGGCGACGGCGAUCGGCCCGCGGCCCCGCUACGCGCGCUGCUGCUGCUCAAGGCCUUGCAGGGGCUGCGCGCCGAGCGGCGCGGGCGGGAGCGGGCUGCGGGGCGGGCGCAGCGCAGCGCGGGGGCGGCGGGCGACGGGCCGUGCGCGCUGCGGGAGCUGAGCGUGGACCUGCGCGCCGAGCGCUCCGUGCUCAUCCCCGAGACCUACCAGGCCAACAACUGCCAGGGCGCGUGCGCCUGGCCGCAGUCCGACCGCAGCCCGCGCUACGGCAACCACGCGGUGCUGCUGCUCAAGAUGCAGGCGCGCGGCGCCGCCCUGGCGCGGCCGCCCUGCUGCGUGCCCACGGCCUACGCGGGCAAGGUCCUCAUCAGCCUGGCGGGGGAGCGCAUCAGCGCGCGCCACGUGCCCAACAUGGUGGCCACCGAGUGCGGCUGCCGCUGAGCCCCGCCGCGCCCACCCCGCCCCGUAUUUAUUCUCCCCCGGGGCCGCGGCCCAAUAAAGACGCG